AUUAAGAUAAGUGUGUGGAGAUGUAUCUUUGAAAUUGCAUUUUACAAAUUCUAUUAUUUUAGAUUAUAUAACAAUUUAAAAAUUUUUAAAAUAUUUUAUUUAUAAUUUAUAAUGUCUACAUUAGAUUGGGAAAAAUUUCAGUCACAGCAGUUUGGAAAUCAAGGCGAUAAUUCUACAGAAGGUUCCUCUUCAGAAACAAGUACAAAUCAAGCUUGGGAAAAUGCAAGAAAAGCUUUAGAACAAGCUCAGUUGACCAAAGCUUCUUCUAAUAAUGGAAAUACUUUACAAGAUUCUACAGUUAAUCAGCAAUUAUAUGGUUAUCCUCCAUAUUGGCAAACAAAUCAUGGAAUGUAUCCAAAUUAUCCUCCAAGGUAUGGGAACUAUGAAAUGACAAAUUAUUCUUACUCCUAUCAUCAUUAUGAUACGUAUCCUGGCUAUGCAAGUUAUUAUUCAACAUCUUAUUUUCCAUCUUCAUCAUCUGCUCCACCGCCGCCACCUCCACCACCACCUCCAGGAGAAACAGAAUCCCAUUUAGAUUCUGGUACUAAAUCUGAUUGUACAGAUGACAAUAGCAAUCAAGAAAAUGAUAGGACCAAGACAAUUCAUCAUAAUAAUCUUGUAUUUCAGCCACCACCUCCGCCACCACCAACACCACCUCUUGCUCAUAAUGCAUAUAGAUAUAGCGGGACAAAUAAUCAAUUUUCAGCAUCCUCAAAUAAAUCUUCUUCAAACAUUAGAAUUAGUCUUCCAAAAAGAAAUGUUCCAAAUUCUAACAAUCCCUUGAACUCUUACUUUCAACGGGGAAAAGGAAGAGGAAUGAGGCAAAAUAAUUUCAUGCAGCAACAAUACAAUCAAUCAUCUAAUUUAACAAAUCAGCAGUUGCCAACUAAUACACAACAGUUUACUCACUAUCAACAAAAUUCAACUGAAUCAGAAAUUACAAAUAAGCAUGAUCAACAAAAACAAAAAGAAAUAUCUAAAACACAAGUUGAAGGAGGAUGGCCAAAGAGUUUAAGUGAAUACAUGAAACGUGCAUUUGAAAAAUGCAAGACUGAUUUGGAUAAAGAUCAAGUUGAAAUUAUUCUUAAAGGAAAAGUAACCAAAGCUUAUAGUGAUGGCACAAUAUGGACAAAAGAUUGGGACAAUGAAGCCCUACCAAGCAUCCAUAGUGAAAGAUUAGAAAGAGAACAGUCCGUUAAUGCUACAACAGAACAAAAUUAUUACACAAUGUCAAAUUCAAAUGAUGCAUACUUUCAACAAAGAAUGAAAGGAAAUCAAUCUCCAAGGAAUACUCAAGAAAGAUCAUGUUCUAAAUCUAGAUCAAGAUCAAAAUCUUGGAGUCCACCACAAAGAAAAUCAAAGAAGAAACGACAUUCCAGCGACAGUAAUGAUUCCUCUAACUCAGAUGACAGUACUGAAAGUAAAAUGAAGAAACAUGGUCUUAGUUCUAUUAUAGGGCCAUCUAUUAAUUUAAAUCGUGGACGAGGUAGGGGUAGAGGACGUGGACGUGGUAGAGGAAAUGGUUCUGGACAAGGAAAGAAGUCUAAGAAAAAUAAGAAUAAAAAUAACUUUGGAAUGGAAGUAGAAUUUUCAUCAUCUGAAAGAUUGCAAAAGAGAGCUGCAAGAUUCCAAACAGAUAGUUCUGGAAAGAAAGGAAAAACACAAUCUAUAGUUUUAACAAUAAAUAAUUUAACGGCUAGUGAAAAAACUGAUUCAGAAGCAUGCAAUAUUGUAGGAACAUCAAAGGACAUUGAAAAACAGUAUCUUAGGUUAACAACUGCUCCAGAUCCUUCAACAAUUCGUCCAGUCGAUAUUCUUCGGCAGUCGCUUGUUAUGGUGCGGGAUCACUGGAUAAAACAUCAAGAUUAUCACUACGCAUGCGACCAGUUGAAAUCCAUUCGUCAGGAUUUAACGGUUCAAGGAAUUAGGGACAACUUCACCGUUCAAGUAUAUGAAACUCAUGCUAGAAUAGCAUUAGAAAAGGGUGACCAUGCAGAAUUCAAUCAGUGUCAAACUCAGUUAAAAGCUUUGUAUUCUGAAACGGGAAUGGGCAAUAAACUUGAAUUUACUGGAUAUCACAUUAUAUAUUAUAUUUUUACCAAAAAUACUCUUGAACUUCGUUCGUUGGUAGCCGGUCUGAGCCCGACGGACAAAAAGAAUGAAGUUAUUGCCCACUCGUUACAACUGUUAUCUGCAUGGGUAUUAAAUAAUUAUCAUAAAUUUUUUAAAUUGUAUCAAUCAGCUCCUAAAAUGGCAGGUUAUUUGAUUGAUUGGGUUGCAGAAAGGGAAAGAAAGAUUGCAUUGAAGGCCAUGAUUAAAUCGUAUGUAUCAAUACAUUAUAAGUAUUAUCCAAAGGUAUUUGUCUAAAAAUGUCGUAAUUUUGUUGUUAUAAAUCUUUAAUUUAAGUUAGAAAUUCAAAUUUAUAAACGUUUUGGUAAUAAUUUUUUAAUUCUCAAAAAAGUUUUAUUUCUAAUGUCCAGUUUUUGUGGAUAUUAAAAAUAUUGCUUAGAUAAAAUUAUUCUUGAGUGAAGUUGGAAUGUCUGUACUCAAGCAAAUAGAGCUUUAAUUUAUUUCAAUUGAUCUUUAUUGGAUUGCUAUAGACCAGUGAUUUUCAGACUGACAUUCAUAUAAUUCUUGCUAAAUUUAAUUUUGCACCAUUCUGUAAUCUACUAAUUUACAAAAGUCUGCAAAAAUUAAAAUUAGCAAUAAGUAUUUCACAAAUGAAAAUGACUUUUAGACAUGAAGGAAAAUUUAAACAUUUAAACACCACUUUAAAAAGUUCCUAAAAGUGUGUUAAUUUUCAAUUUUUAUUUAUUAAUUUUUAAAUUUAUUUUAAAAAUUCUUUAAUAUAAGAAUAACAGACUUAUCAUAUAUAUCAAAGAUCUGUGGAAAACAUUUUGAUAAUUAACUAGGCUGCACGUAUAAUUUACAUAAUGUAAUAUUAAUUAUUUUGACAGAAUAUUUUACUACUUUGAUAUCCGUAGCAAUCAAAUGGAGGUCAUAAAUAAGUUUUAGAGUGUUUUGCUUUUUUUUUUACUUAAAGAAAAGGUUUAGUUAUAAGUGAAAUUCUGAUAAUUUUGUCUAAAAAUGUAAAUUCUAUUGUAAUGUUUUUGUUUAAAAAAAUUUUAGAUAAUAGUAAUGGGGGAUUUUUAAACUAAAAAUGAUGAAAUCACUCAAUAUAAUCUCAUACUUUUUUCAUGCAUAGUCAUUUUUGAAAAUACAAACAGAUAUAAAUUAAAGUCAAUUUUAAAGUGUAGAAAAAUAUAAAUUUUUUUGGUAAUUGUGUACAAAGAAAAAAAUAAU